UUAAGGUUAAAAAUACCGAGUGAAUUUGGAUUUUCAUUGAUUUGGAUUACGCUCCGCAUAUUACAUAACUAAGCAGAAAUGUCUCAGGCUCCAGUUCGUGUCUCACCGCUGAUCAAGCUCGGCAGAUGGUCCUUGCUUCUUGUGGGCAUUGCCUACGGUGCUGCCCACCAAAGCCGACUGUCCAAGAAGGAAGAGAAGGUGCGUGAGAUUGAGGCUCAACAGAAAGUCGUUCGUGAUGCCAAAUUGGCCGAGGAGAAGAAGCGUAACGCCGAGGCCGAGAUUAGGGCAUUGGAAGCGCUCUCCAAACCGGCUAGCAAGCAUUAGAUUGAACCUUUAGUUUGUUUAAGUUAAUUACACAACAGAACCAUCAAGACCGACAAACAAACAUCCAAAUUCCGCAAGCUACAAGCGAUCGCUCAGUGUAGCCAUUAACUAUCGAUCUAUAGUUUUUUUGUGUUUACUGAAAUUUGUGAAAAAUUAAGCAAAUUAAAUGAUUAAAAAACAAAUAUGUAAAACAUAAAA